AUGUAGCAUCGUUGCCUUUCUUCGAUAUGACGUCAGAAAUGUUCCAAGACCUGGUUACGAGGCUUUAUCGAAAUGGACGGCGCAUUGCAUAUGGCGGAACAACAUUUAGUUUCUGUAGUUACUGAGUAAUUACCAGAGUUAUGAAAGUUUUGACAUGGAAUAUCAAUGGGAUUCGGGCUUCAAACAGAGAAGUUCCUCUUAAAAAGCUGCUAGAAUCUCUAGAAGCUGAUGUUAUAUGUCUACAAGAGACCAAAGUUACUCGAGACCAGCUUGAUGAGGCCACUGCUAUUGUUGAUGGUUACAAUGCCUUCUUCAGUUUUUCAAAAAUAAAAGGUGGUUACUCAGGUGUAGCAACGUUCUGUAAAACAGAAGUAACCCCAACUGCUGUAGAGGAAGGGCUUACUGGGUUAUUGAAUAAUGGCUCUAGCUCAUCUGUGAUUGGCUGUUCUGCAACUUCAUUGUCGAUAUCCCAAGAAGAGCUUGCAAGCUUAGAUGCAGAGGGUCGUGCAAUACUUUCAGAGCAUGAGAUCCUUGGCCAUAGGCCUAUCGUCAUUGUCAAUUUAUACUGCCCAAGGGCAGACAGAGAUAACGAGAAAAGAUGGGCUUUCAAGCAGAAUUUUUAUCACUUGGUUCAAGCACGUUGUGAAGCAUUGUUAUCCUCUGGAAAAGAUGUUAUGAUUGUUGGCGAUUUGAAUGUGUCACACACAAAACUAGACCACUGUGACCCAGACGCAGAUCCAGAAUACUUUGCUUCGAAUGAUAGCAGAAUUUGGAUGUCGCAAUUUCUUCUACCUUCUUCAGAAUUGGCACUAACAGAGAAAGAGUCGCAGUCAAACCAGUUCUCUUUACCCAAAUCGGUAAAAAGUACGGAGGCUUACGAAGAUUUCGAUGAUGCGGAGGAGCUUUCAGACGAUGCUGAGCAAGUAUCCAAAUCGAACCGCCAAAGAAGAUUUGUUGACGUCUUCCGUUAUUUUCACCGUACGAGGGAAUAUGCUUUCACUUGCUGGUCCACUGUUACUGGUGCAAGGAAGACUAAUUACGGAACGAGAAUAGACUACAUAUUAGUGAACAAAGAGUUUCUAAUGAAAUACGCAGUUUCCUGUGACAUUAGGCCUGAUAUACACGGCUCCGACCAUUGUCCCGUCGUAGCUGUCUUCAGUUGUAGCGUUAAAGCUGCAGAAACUUUGCCAGACAUGUGCACUACAUACAUGCCAGAGUUUAGAGGGAGACAGAAAAGCAUCAAGGCUUUUUUUCAGACGGGCCCUAAACAAACAGCGUCCAGUGAGAUGAAAAUGCGUAGUGAGACACUUGCAUGCGCCCAAACGGUGACGGACCCACGCACUUUUGGUAACAACGGAAACAAAGAUAAUAGCAAAAAGCGCAAGGCUGACAAAGAAAAGAGCCAAAACCCAGCAAAGGUGCAGAAAACUGGAAUGAAAGCUUCACAAACUGAAACGGGAUCUAAUAGAAGCCUUGCAUCGUAUUUUCAAAAGAGUAUAGCGAAUACUCAAAAGAAUAAAAAAGUAGACAAAAAAGAAAUUUUAGACUUUUUUACCGAAGCAAAAAUUACCGAUUCCUCACUCAAGGAAGAAAUCUUUCGCGAUACUUUUGGUAGUCUUGCAGACACCAAGGCAAAUGAGUGUUGUAAAGGGGGUGCUAUUGGCGUCACCGAAAUGAACGAAAUGAACGAAAAAUAUAAUACAUCUAAUUCUGGAGAAAACAACAAAGAAGGUUCCGAGCACGAUGAAAUGCCUUCUCUUACGAAGCAAAAAACGCUGUCAAAUUGUAUCGCCCACAUAAAUUCAACAUUUUCCACUGGUUGUGCUACCGAGAAAAAGAACGAGGAAACUGGAAAAACUGGGGGCAAAAUAAUGCAAUGGAAAAGUAUUUUAAAAGGACCUGAGCCCCCACCGCUAUGUGAAGGCCACAAGGAAGACUGUGUAUUACGUACUGUUAAAAAACAAGGUCCUAACUUAGGGCGUCAGUUUUACUGUUGUGCACGACCAGAAGGGCGGGCAAAUGAUAAAGAGGCGAGGUGUAAAACGUUUAAAUGGAGAAAGAAGUAACCAAGAGAUGAUGUACAUUUGAAAAGUCAGAGAUAGAUUUUGUUAUGUUGAUAGAUUUUGGAGUUCUAUAUUGCGAAGGUAGACAUAUGGAAAGCUAGAAAACUGUUUUGUUAUGUUGAUGGAUUUUGACAGACUCGUACUUACUCCGGAGUAAAUUUGCAUUUUGAUGUGUGGAAAACACAUAUUGGAAUGGCCCUAGAAACCAUUUGUCUCUUAGUAUGGUGAAGACGUAUUUAAGGUUUCUAUGCAGUGUGGUAUAAGAAAAUUUAUUUGAUAUUUUUUAUGCAGAGAUUGUCGUUUUUAUUGAACAGCAAAAAUGUAUCAGUCUCUGACGAGAUGGAAACAGUCAUGCUAGAUUUUACUGUUCUUACUUCAGUUAUCAACACCCCCCUACCCCUCUCCCGCGUAUUUUCUCGAUAAAAAUUGAAAAAAGCUUCGUCUGUUAAUACUCACAUUUUGAUCUACUGUAUUGUUUAAUUACAUAGUUUAAGAUGUUUUUAUACCUGAAUGUAAAAAUUAUUUGAUUAUUUAUUCAGUGCAAAAUCAAUGUCUCCUUUAGAACGUUUAGUUACCUUGAGACGAGUAUGUUCCCCAAGGUAUCAUUUCCCCCGCAGCUUGUUAAAUAGAAUUUUGUGCAUGUGAGCACUUCGUUUUAGCUAUACAUAAUUUUAGUGCAUUCGUAACACUGUGAAUACAUCAGAAUGGACAAAAAAUCAAGGAAUUAUCUACCAUGUAAUACCUGCUCUCUAGUAUGCUAAGUAUCAAUUUAGACUAUAACAUGUAACCAUUACCAGCAAGAAAAACCAGAUGAUUUUCAGUUAUCUAUUUUUCAGAUACCGCAAAGUGAUCAGGUCCAUAUAGAAACAUUAAAAGCUUUGGAGAGUGCUUAAUUUCACCUUUACGAAAUUAGCGUCGACGCUUCUUAGAGUAAAACUGUAAAGAAUUCAUAGUAAAAUCUGCUAAAAUAUGAGUAAACGUGCUACCAGAGACAAAAUGAAACCUAGGUGUUGGUUUUUUAUGAAGAAAGAAAAUUGUAUCCAAUUGAAACUGGCGACAAUGCACUUUCAUUCACACUGUUUGUCCACACUGUUUGUAAAUAGAAGAAAACUUUAACUCUGGGAUCGAAAAUGUUGAAAACAGCACUAAAAGACCAAUAUGGCGUAGAGCAGCAGUAUUCGCCAGACACUCCUUGAAGGAGAAAACACCGGAUAAUGACCAAAAGUUAACCACACUUCUAGUAAUUUUUGUUUCAAUUCCUUCAUAUCGAAUCUUUUGCAAUUUUGGCUGUGACACACCUACACAUUCCAGAAGCUAUGCACCUGUCCUUUUCAGUUUGCAGUUUUUGGAAAAGUAGUACGUUAGGAGUGGAUGCUAUCUAAAAGAAAGUCUUAACUAUCUACAUGGUCUACAAGAUCAAACGUAAUGAUAGAUAGUUUAUUUAUAAUCCGAUUUUCUGUAUUUGUAACGCUUCGAUUUCGGGAGUCCUGUUUACAGUAAAAUCCUGUGGGAAAAUCCUAAAGCAAGGAAAAGCGUUCCUUAUGCUACUUGUUGUUAAGGCCCCGGUAAGGCCCCGGAAGCAUUGUUUCUUCUAAUAACUACAAAUAACCAAUUUAUCUUCAUUAAACGUUGUACAGAAUCGCAAUGAAUCUGCUAACACGGGCUAAGGAACUUGUAGUGGUGCAAAUAAUCCAUUAGCUAAUUAAGUUUUCUAAAAUAAAAGCUACUAGAGAGCCCACUGGAUUGUUCGUUUCAACAUGAUUUCCCAGAUAAAAUGUGCAAACUCGGCUUUUUCCAAUUUCAUAAAUACAAUUAUAAGAUUUGCAUUCUGGUUUUAAAGUGGAAACUGUGUCUCAUUGCAUAAAUUUUAGACCUAAUACCUUCCUUUUAGAGGAAAAUUACACUUCUUUGGUGAUAUGAAAAGACUUCCACCCUUCGUCAAUAGUGACGUACUAAGAUGUCAAUUUGUCAAUACUCCAAUGGAUUCUACUCAGCCACGUAGCUGCAAAGAGGAACGGGGGGCUGUGCCCCUUCAAAUGAAAAUUUGACCACAACUUUUACCCUCUAGCUCAGGGCCUAAAAUAAGAAAUAUUUACAGAUCCACAUUUUUUAAAAAGAUUGGGCGUGGUACUUUGCUGGGAUUGGCAUCAUGGGGGUGGCAAAUAUAGAAACUGCCAUCAUAGUGCAAAUAGCAUGUCCUAAUGGGGCAAAUUCUUAAACGAAUGAAGUAUAAGUAGCAAAACCUGAUUCUUUACAUUAUAUGGAUUGGGUUAAUAAGAAGAUUAGCUACAUAUAGCGAUGUCUUAAUAUGUGAGCAAAAAGUUAUCGGAAAGGAACUCUAUUGCAUGGUUUGUUCGGAUCUCUGUCAAAGUUAUUUUUUUCGUUUCAUUUCAGAAAUUUCCUUUAAUCAGCCUUGCUUCCCAGACUUUGAUAUUUUUUGGUUUUUUGGAACCGUAUCUUUGCAGCUUUUCUCGGAACUCGAAACUUGCGAGAUCAAGCAUAUUAAUUGCAAUAUUUAUCCAUUUGAUAAGUUUUCUGGAGCUAUGCUGCUUCCCCCACCUGCUUCUUUCUUGUUGUAGGUGGGAAUCAGCCUCUCUGCAUCGAUUGAAUUAGGGAUUGCUGCGAUGUCC